AUGGGGCGAGAUGGUCUCGUUUUCGUCAAUGUCCGCAAGGACAUCGUCAAGCUCAAGCGGAAGGCGAAUCUGUCCGAAGCUGGCUUCAUGGAACACGGAAAAGGAACAACGAAUCGCUGGUCUCACUGCCGAAUAACUGGGAGACCGCUUGACCGUCCCGUGUUCGACGAGUACGGCUUUUUGUACAACAAGGAUUCAGUGAUUGAACUUCUCAUCGACCGGAAAAAGGCGACGAAAGCCGCAAGAGCUGCUGAAAAAUCAGAAAAGAAGUCGAAGAAAAAGAAGCGAAAGGGACGAUUGAUGCUGAAAGACAACGCCAUCCCAGCUGAAAUUCAUAAGAACUCGGUGCACAUCCGAGAUCUGAACGAUAUCUGCGAGUUGCGAAUCAAGCUGAAUCCGAAUUACAACGAAAAUACAACCUACAACACCUUAUCUCUCGGGCACGCAAACGCCAGUACAAUCGAGCAGGGCUUUGUGAAACAGCCGAAAUUUCUUUGCCCGAUCUCUGAUUAUCCGAUGAACGGGGCGAAACCGUUCUUUGGGAACUGGAACUGUGGCCAUUCCGUCUGCGAGGCGGUUUUAAAAGAAGUCGAAUCUAAAACGGAAAAGAAGCAAUGCUGCAUUUGCGAGAAACCUUACAAACCAAUUGACCUAAUCCGCAUCAAUCCAAUCCACCCAGAGCACAAAAAGAAGUCUCUCGAGCAAUUCAAAAAGAAAAGAAAGCAACGACUCCUCAAAUCGAAGCUGGAUAAACAAUACAAAAAGGAAAUGAAGCUGUUAAAAAAUCGAGCUGUGAAGACGGAAAGAAUUUCUUCUAGCGAAAGCGAGUACUCAUCUGAUUCUUCCGAGUCAUCUUCGGAUUCUAGUUCAUCGGACUCAGAUUCAGACUCUGAGCCCUCAAGUUCUCGGCCAAAGAAGAUCAAGAAAGAGUUCAAAAAAGAAGAACCCAAUGACGUUAAAAUGGAGCCAAUAGAGAUUGACUCUGAUAGCAAUCAGAUAGAGGUGCCAUCAAGCGGGGAAGAAAACGAAAGGAAAGCAAAGAAAGAAGCCGACUUCCAAAAUUUCCUCGAAAGAGAAAAGAGCGCCCGAGCAAAACUCGCCGCGAUCGAAGCACUGAUACGCAAGAAACAGUUCAAAGAGAAAAACCCGGACCCGGGAAAGCCGAUUGUCCUCAGCGACUCCGAUUAG